CUGGCCGGCCCGCCGGGCCCGCCCCGCCCUCCGCCAUGGCGGCCGAGAGCGGCAGGCAGUUCUGGAAGCGGAGCGCCAAGCUGCCGGGCAGCAUUCAGCCUGUCUAUGGAGCACAGCAUCCUCCACUGGAUUCCAGGCUCACCAAAAACUUCAUCAAGGACCGCUCCAAGGCCAGUGGGCUGCCCAUGAAAAGCAAGAAGGCCUCGAGCUUCCACGAGUUUGCUCGCAGCACCAGCGACGCCUGGGACAUCGGCGAUGACGAAGACGAGGAUUUCUCCUCCUCCUCCUCAUCCUCUUUGCAAACUCUGAACUCUAAAGUGGCCAAGGCCACGGCAGCACAGGUUCUGGAGAACCACAGCAAGCUGAGGGUGAAGCCUGAGCGGUGCCAGGCUGCCCUGGGUGAGCUCCCCACCAACUGCAAGGUCAUCAAGUCCAGCAGUGAGGCCCAGCUCUCCAGGACCUCUGAGGAGGCCUGUGUGAGGAGCCCCCUGCAGAAGCAGCAGUCCCUCCCCCUGCGGCCUGUCAUUCCCCUCGUGGCUCGAAUCUCUGACCAAAACGCCUCCGGGGCUCCCCCCAUGACCGUGCGGGAGAAAACGCGCCUGGAGAAGUUCCGGCAGCUCCUGUCCAGCCACAACACCGACCUGGAUGAGCUGAGAAAGUGCAGCUGGCCUGGUGUGCCCAGAGAGGUGCGGCCUGUGACCUGGAGACUGCUGUCAGGCUAUCUCCCUGCCAACUCGGAGCGCCGCAAGCUGACCCUGCAGCGCAAGAGGGAGGAGUACUUUGGUUUCAUCCAGCAGUACUACGACUCCCGGAACGAGGAGCACCACCAGGACACCUACAGACAGAUCCACAUUGACAUUCCAAGGACCAACCCACUCAUUCCCCUCUUCCAGCAGCCACUUGUCCAGGAGAUUUUUGAGAGAAUCCUGUUUAUCUGGGCCAUUCGCCACCCAGCCAGCGGCUAUGUGCAGGGCAUCAAUGACCUGGUCACCCCGUUCUUUGUUGUGUUCCUCUCUGAGCACGUGGAGGAGGAUGUGGAAAACUUUGACGUGACAAACCUGUCGCAGGAUGUUCUACGGAGCAUCGAAGCCGACAGCUUCUGGUGCAUGAGCAAGCUGCUGGAUGGGAUCCAGGACAAUUACACCUUUGCACAGCCAGGGAUCCAGAAGAAAGUGAAAGCCCUGGAGGAGCUGGUGAGCAGGAUCGAUGAGCAGGUACAUAAUCACUUUAGGAAGUACGAGGUCGAGUACCUGCAGUUUGCCUUUCGCUGGAUGAACAACCUGCUGAUGAGGGAGCUGCCCCUCCGCUGCACCAUCCGCCUCUGGGACACCUACCAGUCAGAGCCAGAAGGAUUCUCCCAUUUCCACCUGUACGUCUGCGCUGCCUUCUUGAUCAAGUGGCGGAAGGAGAUCCUGGAUGAGGAAGAUUUCCAAGGCCUUUUGAUGUUGCUACAGAACCUGCCCACGAUACACUGGGGUAAUGAAGAGAUUGGGCUGCUGCUGGCUGAAGCCUACAGACUCAAGUACAUGUUUGCAGAUGCCCCGAACCAUUACCGCCGAUAGGUGCCCAGGCUGGCUCCUCCCUCCCGUGCCCACCCCUCGUCCUGGCCUGAUCUGAUCACUGUGGCAUUUUUGUCAUCCCAAGUCCUCGGACACUCCAGCCAGGAGCUGCUCCUUGCUGUACAAAGCUCACCUGAACUCUUGUCUUAACUCUGAACGUGUGCCUGUCUGCCACUCCAUGCGCCUGGAUGUGCCAUUUUGACGACUCUCAGUAUUUCACUCCGUGCUGGUGGCUCACAGCAGGAAGGGAGGCUUCAAGGGGCUGAGGGAGAACGUGGGGGAAGCUUUACAGAAAAACUGAGCCGGAGUUGAAGCCCUCCUAUCCUCUCCACUCCUGUCCUGGCCUUGUCAGGCUGGGACCACCUCGGCUUUGCUGCCUCCUGCUGCCCUCACCACGUGCGCUGCCCCGUCUGCUCCCUCCUCUCUUCUGACACUUUUGCGCCAAGUCCCAGAUGAAAAUGCCUUAUCAGAGACCUGCCUGGCUGCAGAAUCCUUCCCCACGAGGGUGGCAGGGCAAGAAGUUUCUCUCAGGGCCUCCCUUCGCUCCGAGGGUCCAGAGACCCCCCAAGCACUUUGUGGGUUCACAAGAGAGUCCCUGUGCCUGCCCUCCCUCCCCCUCUCCCUCCUCUCACCUACCUCUCCCCCAGGGCAGCAGGGCAGGCACCACGGGGGCCACGACCACUCCACCCUCACACACCUGCAGUGACGUGUGCCAGCCUGGUGGAACUUUUGGUGACUGAUGCUGUGUGGGGAAGGCACAGAGGGGGUGCUGGUAGGGGAACAACAUCUCUCAAAAACCUCCUGACAACGUCCCCACUCCUCCAAGUUCUGUGUAUAUUGUGUUCUUGUGUAUAUGGGUCAAAGAUGUACAAUAUAUGUCUUCUCUUUGUAGCAGA